AUGGCCACCACCAACACCAAAGCCAUAGUAUCCCCCUGCGCCAUCCUCCUCAUCUUAAUCCUCAUAGAUAUGGCUUCUGUCCAGGUGUGUGGUGACAACAUACCACCUCCACCGAUACUAGUUCCGCCACCAUCUGUCCGCGGCGGCCGAUGCAUGUUGAACGACGAAGUUGCAUUCGCAGUGUGCGUCGACCUCCGAUUGGGCACGACGAGCCCAUCAGGCAUGGACAUGUGUUGCCGGUGGAUCCAUGGAAUGCCGAGCGCCGUGGACUGUUUGUGCUCUGCCUUCAAGCGGGCUGACAUCCAUGUCUCCGCCAGUGUUGCCGACGACAUCAAUGUUGUGCUUGCAGUCUGUGGCAAGGCUCUUGUCCCCGACCUUAACUGUUUCCAUGGAUCAGGCUAA